AUGGAGUUUGCUACUACGAUAACCUUUUCAGUUAUGAUGAUGCACAUGGUUGAAAUUUUGAGGUAUCCAGAUGAAGUGAAGAAGGUACAAAGCGAGUUUGACAGCGUUGUGGGCGUACGAGGCCUCCCAUCGUUUGAAGAUCAUGAAAGCUUGCCGUUCACAAUGGCCUUCCUCUCAGAGUUCAUCCGAGUCGUCGGCAUGCUACCCUUGGCUGCCCCUCACGCCACAUUAAAAGAGGACUUCUAUAAGGGAUACUACAUCCCCAAAGACGCAGUCAUCCUUCCCAACCAAUGGGCUGCCAAUAUGGACCCGGGCAUCUUACAAAGACCCGAAAUCUUUCAGACCAGAGCGUUGGAUUGA